CCCUCCCCCCAGGAGCCAGCCGUGACAGCUGAGGCCAUGUGAGGCAGAUCCUGAAUGAGGCUUUAUCUCUGCUCUUGGUCCUAUCAUCCACUGUGACACCAGCUCCUUCGGCCAGCCGGGAUGGGACAGGCAACUGAGAGAGCCAGAGAGGUGAUGGUGACCACACCCCGGACGGGGAGAGGAACGGGACUCUGGGCCUCUAGCUGCCAAGCAGGUGGUGGGGGCUCUAGGCCAUGACCCACACCCUCUAACCCCUGACACUGCCCUCUGCCCUCUCCCCCGCCCCCUGGCCAUGUCUGAAGGAGAGGCUCCAGCCCCGCCGGGCCCGGGGGGGCUGCCCCCAGACAUGCUGGGAGAGCAGGUAGAGCUAUGGUGGUCCCAGCAGCCGCGGCGCUCCGCACUCUGCUUCGCCGUGGCCGUGGUCCUGGUGGCGGGCUGUGGGGCGGGUGGCGUGGCACUGCUGUCCUCCACCAGCAGCCGCUCCGGUGAGUGGCGGCUGGCGACGGGCACAGUGCUCUGCCUGCUGGCCCUGCUGGUGCUGGUCAAGCAGCUGAUGAGCUCGGCGGUGCAGGACAUGAACUGUCUUCGCCAGCCCCACCAUGUGGCCCUGCUGCGGAGCGGUGGAGGGGCCGAUGCGCUCGUGGUGCUGCUCAGCGGCCUGGUGGUGCUGGUCACCGGCCUAACGCUGGCCGGGCUGGCCGCCGCCCCUGCCCCGGCCCGGCCGCUGGCUGCCAUGCUGUCAGUGGGCAUCGGCCUGGCUGCCACAGGCUCACUUCUGCUGCUGGGCUUGCUGCUGUACCAGGUGGGUCUGAGCGGACACUGUCCUCCCCUCCACACAGCCGCCCCCACCACCCCCGGUGACCACGGCGGCCACGGCAGCACCUUCAGCAUCUCGGGCCAGCUGUCUGCUGGCCAGCGUCACGAGACCACGUCCAGCAUCGCCAGCCUCAUCUGA